AUGUUCUCCAACUCAAUUAGGAACUUUCCAGCAAGAAGGUUUGCUAAGUUUGCUCGCUCACUCAGCGAUAUUGGAUUCUGUUUUGAUAUAGACGGAGUGCUGCUCAAAGGCAAGAAAGCCAUCCCUGGAGCCGCAAAUACUCUUCGCUACCUUCAAUCGGAAAAAGUUCCGUUUGUACUAUUCACUAAUGGCGGUGGAGUUUCAGAGGAAAGCCGUAGCCACUUUAUUUCAAAGACGCUGGGUGUGGAUAUCUCACCCCGUCAGAUUAUCCUUUCACACACACCAUUCAGAGCACUAGCGCAAGACGAAAGGCUCAAUAGAGUAUUGGUAGUUGGAGGCCCCGGAGAUUCAGCUAGACAUGUCGCUCAGGAGUACGGAUUCCGUGAAGUCCUCAUGCCCAUUGAUGUUCUAGCAGCCAAUGAGUCUAUCUGGCCCUUUCAUAGAUACUCUAAAGCGGAGAUUGCGAACCUAGCCAUACCAGUAGACUCCUCGCAUAUUUAUGGACCAUCGGCUAAACCAUUCGAUUGCAUUUUGAUUUUCAAUGACCCGAGGGAUAUGGGAGCGGAUAUUCAGAUCGUCGCAGAUCUACUAAAUUCCCAUGGCGGAUACAUGGGCACGAAACGUCACGAUAAAGGCGAAGUUCCUAGUGUUCCAAUUCUCUUCUCAAAUAAUGAUUUUUUCUGGGCUAAUGACUAUCCUCAGCCUAGAUUUGGGCAAGGUGCAUUCAAGAUAGCUGUGGACGCAAUUUACAACAAGAUCAACGGUACCGAGAAGAUGCAGAGUAUGGUCUUUGGCAAACCAGAGAAAGUUUCGUAUGAUUAUGCUCAUCACGUUUUGAUCGACUGGAGAAACUGGCUAGGAGGUAAACGGGAACCAGCAUCUGCUCCCGUAUUGGGAAGAACUCCAGAACGUAGUCCUUUCCGGGAGAUUUACAUGAUAGGUGAUAAUCCGGCCUCAGAUAUUGAAGGGGGAAACAGAGCCCAUUGGAAUACAGUACUGGUACGCACGGGGGUAUUUCAAGAUCACGAUCUUGUGCAUGAUACUGAAAAUCUUAUCGCCCGGCCUUCCCAUGGGGUAUUCGACAACGUUGAAGCUGCCGUACGUGGUGUUUUGGAGGAUGUAAACAAUUAG